UCAGAUAUCAUCUUGAGCACGCGUGUUCUGUAUUUGGUACCUGUUUACAGGACCAGAUCCUGAUCUUGCCUCAGCUGCUGGCUCCACACAAAAAAAGUUCUCUUCCCCACCUCAUCCCCCCAAUUCUUCAUAUUAGUCUGACUUUACACAAGCAAUUUGUUGCUAUAAACCUCUAUAGCUGUGUUGAGUUCCAUUCAGUCCCUUGAGAUAUAUUGGUCGCUGGGAUAGUUUACUGGGUGUUGCUGAGUGACAGUCCACAGGUCCGGCAUGGUUUGCAUUCUGGUAUUCUCUUUUCUUUUUGUUUUCAAUUGUACCUUUCAGAUAAAUCUGUAUGUCCUGGAGAGGAGUGUAGUGAGGCUGCUGAAGGAAACAAAAUUACACAAAAACUUUUUGAUGCAGAUAUCUGAAUCAAUAAUAAAGAUUUUCUAAUAUUCUUAUCUUAAAUAAUCAAAGUGCAGUUGUGAUUAAUGUGUUCAGUGAAUCUUUUACUCCAAUUAAGAAAAAAGCUAUCCUCAUCCAGCUGGUACUGGUGAAUGGAUCUUGUAGCUGGAAAGUAUUGUUGUGGCAAGGUCAAGGUGUUUUCUCAUCAACCUUGUACGUCCUUUUUAUGUCUCUAAGCCAGAGUUCCUGAAAGGAAUCCAUGCUAUCUUUUAUGCAGACAACUUGGUUUUCUGGUGCUUGGGGGAAAAUGAAACAAUGACAACAUAAAAGAUACCAUUCUCCCUGAACAGAAUAGCAGCAUGGACAGACAACUGGUGUGUCACCCAUCAGAGAGAAAACAACAAUCGCCCUUUUAUUAUGAGAAAGCAGGCUGGCACUGGAGAACAGGGGCGAAUGAGAAAAUCCUCUAAACUGUGUUUCAAGGAACUGUGAGACCACACAUUCAGUAUGGGUCAAGCUCUUGGAUAAUAAUAAUCAAGACACACCAACAAAUCCUGGACAAAGUCCAGAACCAAUUAUUAGGGACAACUCCUGGGGCCAUGAGAACAACAGCAGUAAAAAUGAUGGAACAGAUAACAGCAACAUCUCCUUUCAGGUGGUGGCCACACCACCAAGCUCUCGCUGCACCAACUACAGCAGCAGAUCAAGCUUAGACUUUCAGGCUUUCUUUCUCACAAAUGCCUGUCUGUGCUGCAGGCUGCACACAUUAACAGCACUGAGAAAUAUCAAUUUUCUAAAAACGGUCCUGCUGUGGUCACCCCGAAAUUGUGAUAUUAAAGGUAAUUAGCAGGUUGACAGAAUGGCAAAAGUUGGGGAUGAAGAAAGGCACGAUGAAAACAAAGUCAGAAAUGGAGAUCCUCAUUAAGGCUCUGUAGAGACACCCCCUUCAAACAGCUACUAUUCAGAUCAGACCAGAUGAUCAUUUUCCACCUCAAGACAGGCUGUAAUGCACCACACUUGUACUCAAAGCAACUUGUGUCAUCUCCAGUGUAUUUUUGUGGGGAAACAAAACACACACAAUGUGGUAUAACAAGAGAGGAUAUCUGGGCAUGAAUAGUUGUCAAAGUAAAAAGCAGAGCAAGUGUCCAACUGUGUGCAGGAAAAUAACCUAAUGUAAAGGCCUACACUUUGUAAGUACAGUGCAAGCGUUUGACUAUGUGCAGGAGGAUAAUUAAACGGUGAUGUGAAUUUUUGCACAGAAGAACAGUUGUGUGAAUCUUCAUUAUAACAUAAUAGGAAAGAAAAAUUAAACAACUUGCACUAAUUGACACUAGUUUUUAUAAGUAAAAGCAUGAAAAUGUCUGCUGAUCUGUUAAUCCUUUACCAAAUAAAGAUGAAUUCUGGUCUCCAAGCAUAUUCAAAGCAAACAACAAUAAUAGUUCAUGUCUUACACUGUUUUUGGAGUAAGUGAUGUAAAAAGCAUGCUGAAGACAAAAAGUAAGCACAUUUUCGGACUCCAACACAACAUGCACUGGCUCACCGCAAGGCUGAAUUUAUGCCUGCUUUUGUUUAUCUUCUAUAUCAACGGCUGUUGCAGUAACAAGGGUCAAUACCUUGUCAAAUUCUCAGAUGACACUGCACUGCUCACUCUUCUUAGGGGUUCAGUAGAUACCCAUAGUGUAGCCUUGGCUGAAUUUAGUGCUCAGAUUGAUGUCAAUUUCUAAGAAUUUAAUGUAAGACCAAAGAGAUUGUCUUUGGUUUCUGUCAGAAUUCUCCACUACAUUCCGUGUCAUCUAUGAAAAUGAGGCGGAAAUUGUCAAUACCUUUGAAUACCUGGGCACCAUCUUCAACAAGACUUAGCUGGGAUCCCAAUACUCUAGUUUUCAUGAAGGUUCAACAGGGCUUCUUCCUUCUCUGAAGCUAAAGUCUUUCUCUGUUUUCCAAAGAUAUAUUCAGCUAUUUUAUGUAUCCUAACAGCAUGCUGUCCUUCUCAAUUAUCUGUUUUUAAAACAGUUUACCAGUGAAAAACAAGCCAGAGUAGCUUACAUUAUGUUUUAUCUACUGCUCCAAAGUUAUUGGGACUGCCCAGAGUGCUCUUCAGACUCUUCAGGCAGAUACUUCUGAAAGUGUCUGACAUUCUUCACAAUGACAGGCAUAUCCUGUCACAAGAAUUAUUUUCAACUUCUAUCAAGCCACCAAUUCUGUGUACCUGCAUGGAGGACCAACUAAAUGAGGCUGUCAUUCGCUAUUUCAGCCAUGCGACUUCUGAAUGUUGCUGUGCGCAAAUUAUGUAGCUCCAAUGUAAGCCUGAUCAUACAUAUAUAAGUCAAUUUGGUGCAGUGGAUAUGAACAUGUUGUGGCAUUGCUGUUUAUCUUCCAUAUAAAGCUGCCUCUAAUUGCCCUAUGGGUUAAAUAAAGUCUUAUCUUAAAUCCGAAUUUCUCAUAAGGAAGAGUAAGCACUUUUUCUCUUUAGAGGCAGCUCAACUUCUUUUCUUUCCUAUGCAGAUGUGCACAUUUAUAAGCCUGCACAUUUAUCUGCACCUUUGUAACAGCUAAUGUUGAUAAUAACUGAAUUUAAUAGCUACUACAGCUACCUUCAGUAAAACAUAAAAAUAUAAGUGGCAGUAAGUGAUAAAAGUAAUCUGAUUUAUUGCUUUUAAGUGCUGCUGACAACUGCAUAAAGCUAUCUGUGUGUAAUGCAUUAGUAAAAGAAUAAAAAAAAAAAAAAGCUAAAAAGAGAUAUGAAAGAACAUGAAGACAAAAAUAAUUUCAACAAAACAUAUUUAAAAGGAUAUAUGUUAUCUAAAGGUAAAGAACAAAGGCAAAGUAAAACACAAAACAAAAACAACCAAACAAACAAAAAUCAAAUGUGUGUGCCAUACCUGUUUAUAACACCUUUGCGUCUGGUUAACUAACCAUUUCUUAGUUAACUUUCUGCACAACGCUCGGUACCAGUCAUGAAACAACUGAUGACUGACUUUCUGCGCAUACCUCAACCACUAAAAUUAAUGUUUAACGCUACCUUAUUGGUUACACUUUUUGGAACAUCUUAUUAAAUGACAUUAGACUAAGGAAACACUUCAGUUAUUCCACCUCAUGCCGGUAAUGGCGUUGUGCUUAUGUGGGUUAUUAGUCCUAAUCCUUCGCCCUACCGAAUGUUUUGGUUGAAGAACAAACUAUAAUCUUAAAGGUUAUCAUUACUAUGACGACUUUUCAGCUAAGCGCCACUACUGUAAGGGAUCUGAAAGUAAAGUCUAGACAGUGCUAUCGAUUUGUCUCUAAAGAAACAACCAUUUUCGUCACACAAAGAGUUACCUCCCUUGUUUUCACUCGCCAGAUGGCAACGCUUGUCGAUGUAGGAAGCGACGAUGAAUAUGCUGAUGACGAUAGCGACGAUGCAGUCACCGUGCAACAUUUCAAGUCAGCGGUGACUAAUGGAACUGUCAAGACCUUUACUCUGUGAGUGAAAAAAAAACAACUUAACAAAAUAUAUAGCAGUCUUUAAGUCAGCAAAAGUUUGACAACAACAACAACACCGCCACGAAAUCGGCUGUGACAGUCGCAGCGACGACAAAGCGGAGGACGGGCUGCAUCGAUGCUGAUGAUGGACGACAUCGGCGCGACUGCGACCCUGGAGCCGUUGACCGGCGAAGAGGAACUGGAGGACAUCAUCAACUCCACGCACCUGCCUUCCGAAGACAACGAGACCCAGGACUGCGACUUCGACUCCUCGGGCGGCGGCGGAGUGUCCUCUGCAGCCACGUCGCACACCUGCGGCUUCUGCGGUGACGCUUUCUCGUCGUACGCGGCACUGCUGGAGCACAAGAGCAAGCACGGCGGCGACCGGCCCUACGCCUGCCACGUGUGUGACAAGCGCUUCACGCAGAAGGCGCACCUCAUUAUUCACCGGCGCACGCACACCGGCGAGAAGCCAUACUCCUGCCACAUCUGCCACAAACGCUUUGCACAGUCCUCGCACCUCAACAGCCACAAGCGAGUGCACACGGGUGAGAAGCCCUUCUUCUGCAGCAUCUGCAACAUGGGCUUCUGCCGCCGCCAGCGCUUGGAGGUGCACCUGCAGCAGCACGCGCGCGACGUGGAGGGUCUAAUGCAGGCCUCUAAGUCAUCGGACUUCAUCGCUGCGUCUGCGUCAUCGUCGUCCUCGCCCACGGCAAAAUUCUCGGCCCUUCCGAUGACCUUCCGGGACGAAGAGAAUGGCUAUGGUAUCUCCUGUUCCCCUACGCAGUCGCUGCAGCGGGCGGGUUCGACCCCGAAGAACCGUCGCAAACCGGCUUUUGUUCGGCGGCUGGGAACAGAACGGGGCGACUCCUCUGCGGGCGGAAGGCACGGCCUUGCCGACAGAAUCGGCGGUGUCCGACGACAGCAUUCCCCACCUGCUCUUGAAACAUUCUUUUUUGGGCGUCGGGACAGGCCUGGUGGGUGGGCCGGACCGGGCCAUCAACGGUUCACCACUGGAAAAUUUUCAGCGGUGGGACCCGGUCGGCAGUCGUCGUCGUCGUCGUCUUCAGCGGCGGCGGCGUCUGCGGGGGUGGCGGGCGUGGCCUCGAGCCUUUCGUCGCUGAUCCGCACCAACAACCGCGUGACGUUGGUGGACUUCACGGCCGAUGACCUACUGCGGCAUCUCAUGUCGCGCGACGACGUGUACCGCUGCGACUUCUGCCGUGUCAUCUUCCACGACGCCGCCAUGUACCACCUACAUCGAAGCAUGCACGACAAGAUGGACAUCCGAUGCUGUAACUUGUGUGGCAAGCUGCUGGUCGACAAGUACGACUUCACCGCCCACUUCCUCAGCCAGCACAAAUGACUCGACGCUGCUGCAACUUCCGAGAAACAUGAAAGAAAUCUUUGAGCGUUUCCGCACAGUGUGUCUAUGCGUUCUGCACUUAUUUUGCCUUACUUCCCAAUCGCACUAUUUUCCUCCACCCACUCCCGCCUUUGAUCACAACUAUAUUUGAUGCGUGUUUGCGUUUAGCAUGAUGCACAAAUCAAGCGUAGAGAAACCUGCAUACUUGGGUGGAUGCUUGGAAAUUCAGUGCAUGACAGUAAUUCAGAGUUGGGAAGGGGGUGUGGGGUGGUAUAACAAGAUCUGAUAUUUUUUCUUCUUGGCAGGAUGUGAGUUCGAGAGAGAGAGAGGGGGGAUGGGUGGGGGGGGGGGUGGGAUAGAUUCUGGCCUCUGAAUGAUGCAGGAAGUGUUCUUAAUCUGUAAGUGAUUAAAAGAAGCUGUGGAGCAAGAGGCGAAGCCCCCUUUUCGUCACUUUUGACUUUAAUAAUGUUCGUUUGCCACGUGACAAUUCAAGACCACCUAUAUACAAAAUGGAUGGACUUUUUAGUACACGGAUGUCUCAGCAGGUUCUCUUUGCGAAAAAGGUGUUACUCGGACAGUAUUAGCAAAUCCGCUUUGUGCAAAUUGUUGAAGGGUCUCAUGCAAGAUAACUCGAAUUUAUUUUAAGGAAGGUAGGGAGUAUGGCUGGGUAAGGGGAGACAGCAAGCUCAGCAGUAAUUUUUUUUUAAAUCGACUUUCUCAGCGACAUCGCUGUUUCUGUGUGCGGCAAGGAUCGUGCAAAGCACAUCCCUGUCCACGAGACUAUUACUCAACGUUUCCCCGUCAAGCACAGUGUUAAACACGUGCUGACUAUUUCUUAACACGGCAAUAAAAACGUUUGUUCUUUUUUACUUUACAUUAUGUAAAGACUAUUAUGAUUGGUUAUUGACUUGAGAUGCUUGUAUCGCCGUGAUAUAUAUAUAUAGCCUUAGUUGCUGGCAUGGCAUAAAACUCAAAUAACUUUGAGAUGUUCGUAACAGAGAAUCCUUUUCCUAUCAACUUACUGCACUUUGUUGAUGUUUUAUUGACAAGCACAGCUGCGCAUUUUCGUGUGUUGCAUUUGGUUACUUCUUUUUGUUAUUUAAUUAGUUUUUUUUCUUGUCUCAUAGUCUUAGAGUGGCAUCUUUUUAACAGAGUAGUUUGUUUAACCGGACAAUGGAUGCUAGUUUAAGAAUUAAGUGGAGCCUGGAAAGCUGAAGCCAGAUUGUAGAUUUGUAAUGUAGAAUUACAAGGAAAUCUGUCCUCUGUCGUUGAUACAGAGGAAGAGAGUUAAGAUGUAAGCAGCUAGAGUUAAGCCUACGAUUAAUGGAAAUGAGGUAAAAGAUGGAAGUCUACUGGGAAGAUGCCUAUCUGCAGGGCAUCAUGAUUUUCAGAAAAUUUUCGAAGUAACUUAAAUAUAAUUACCCCUUUUUAGGCGUGUUCUAUGCAUCAUACAUUAUACUCUAUACUCAUUAUACGUCUACCUGCGAUCUCCAAAAGCUAAAAACUAUGUAGGAGAAUAAGAAAUAUCUCGGGGUAAGCAGCUACAAUUUGCUCUGGUCAAAGCUACUAAAGUUGUGGUGCUUAGUAUGGAUUGCACGCGUCAUAAGAUCGAAGUAGCCAUUAGGAAAUGACAAUAUGUCUGGUCUUAAUCCUCGUGCUUUACUAAAACCUCGCGUAUGUUCACGAUACCACAGUUCCCCACCUGAAUUUAAAAAUAAGUGACACAGUCCACGUAAAAUAAUAUCCGGUCUUUUUUAAAAAGUUGUAAUGAUUUUAAAUGAAUGCUGCGACCUAUUUUAAAAGCAGUUCACAACACUCUCGAAACAGUAUGUGAAUUGAAUGUCUUAUUAACAGUUUCCAUUGCGGGGAACGUCUUCACGGACAUACGGCCCACGCUUUUGUCUCCGCAGCUCGACAUUCCUCAAUAUUUCCAAACUUAUUCAGAAUCUUUAACACAAAUCGUGGUUGACAUUUUGUUAGAGAAAGAGAUUAAAAAAGUAAUUUAGGUUUCGUGUGACAUUUUGAAAUCGUCACAUUGUUUGCAGUCUUCAGAUGUCUUUUUGACAGGAAAAGGUUCUGGUGAAACAUUUUGAGAACGGUGUUCAUGCAUACUGUACGUGUUCAUGUAUUUUAAGUACCCAGCCACAAGAAGAGGUCCCACGUCCAUAAUGUGUUUCAGAAAAAAGUGGUUGGCUGGUAUAUUUGAAGUGCAAAUGUGCACAACGUAAAGAAAUUUUAAUAUCUUUUGACAUUCAGUUUUUCACCUCUAGAUCCCCUCUCCCACACCUGUCUUAUUAUUCUGUCUGUCUGUGUUUGUAUGGCUGUGUGCUAUAAGCGAAUUGUGUUAAUCUAUCGUUUUGUCUGUAACUGUAUAAAGCCCACAAUGUUUGAUGAUAGAGUUUACUUACAAAGUCAUAAUUUUCAGAAAGUAUAUCAGAGAAGAAUUAAAUCUGAUUUAUACAGGGACCCCUUUUUUUAACAUGAAAUAUUUUUGCUUUCCUUUCGUAAAAAUUGGCAAGAUCGUUAGUCUUGUUUUUCGAAUGCAAUUGUAAGAAAUUAUGCUUGUGGAAAACGAAAGGUAGUUUUCACGAUUCUGACAUGGAAUGUCUUUCGUUAUAUGCUUGAUAAUAUAAACAGCUAUCUUGUUUACUACACUGAUUAAACAUUCCACAUUUUGAUGUAAACUAA